AUGUCUUUGCAUCGUUCGACUGUGCUCCUCUCCCAGAGAGCCGCUCAACGGUCCUUGUUCUACGUCAAACCUGCCGCUGCUUUGACCCAUCAACUUCGUACCCAUGCUACGGCUGUCAAUGGACCUUCGGAAGCCAAAUCAAGACUCUCUGAGCUCAAGGCCAAGCUCGCGGCCGAGGAUGCAGCUGCUUUGGACGAUUUUGUGAAUCCCGGAUUUGCCGGCAAACUGUCGCCUGAAGAAGCCAUGGAAUUGAGAGAAACUGUGGUUCCCGGAAAGAAAGUGAAAACCACCAAAUUGAAGCAGCCCCGCUUACCUGAUUGGCUCAAGACGAGUAUUCCAGCCGGUGACAAUUUCACCAAGAUCAAGAAGGACUUGCGUGGUUUGAAACUUCACACAGUAUGUGAAGAAGCUCGUUGUCCCAACAUGAGCGAUUGCUGGGGUGGUGGUGAACAUCAAACGGCCACAGCUACCAUCAUGUUGAUGGGUGAUGAAUGUACCCGAGGUUGUCGUUUCUGUUCCGUCAAGACCAACCGUGCUCCCAAAGCAUUGGAUCCUCAUGAACCCGAACAUACUGCUGAGGCUUUGAAACGCUGGGGUCUUGACUAUGUCGUGUUGACCAGUGUGGAUCGUGAUGAUUUACCUGACGGUGGUUCCAACCAUUUCGCUGAAACGAUCCGCAAGAUCAAACAAAAGGCUCCUCAUCUUUUGGUGGAAUGUCUUACCGGUGACUUUGGUGGCGAUCUGAAGCAAGUGGAGAACGUGGCGUUAUCUGGAUUGGAUGUGUAUGCUCACAACAUCGAAACCGUCGAAGCUUUGACACCUUAUGUUCGUGAUCGACGAGCUGGAUUCCGCCAGUCGCUUAGUGUAUUGAAGCACGCCAAAGACACCCGACCUGAUUUGAUUACCAAGUCUUCCAUCAUGUUGGGUUGUGGAGAAACUGAUGAAGAGGUCUUGCAUGCUCUGCAGGAACUUCGAAAUCACAAUGUGGAUUGUGUCACACUGGGUCAAUACAUGCGACCUACGAAGCGUCAUAUGAAGGUUCAUGAAUAUGUGACCCCCGAGAAGUUCAAGUACUGGGAAGACAAGGGCAUGGAAAUGGGCUUCAAGUACGUUGCCAGCGGUCCCUUGGUCCGAUCAAGUUAUAAGGCCGGUGAAUUCUUUAUUAGCAAUAUCUUGAAGAAGAGAAAGGGCUUACCUGUGAGCCCCAUGCCCGAAGACCUCAAGGCUGAACUCAAGGCCGAAUCCAAGGCUGUAUAA